GGGUCAAGGCCAGGAAAGGAGCACUUGUUCCUUUGCUGCCCCAGAAGGCUAGAAGCCGAGGCGCCGAGAGUGGGCAUGGCGACUUGGUCCCAGCCGGACUCGGGUUUCUCUGGAAACCCCCCUGGUAAGUGUGAAGGAGGCGGGACACUCUGACCCAAGACAAAAGGCUUGUAGCUCCAGUCAAAGAAAAUAAACCUUAGGAGAGAGAAGGAGAAAAACAAUCCAUCAGCUGUUCCUGAGAACAGCCUGCAGUGGAAUCUACAGAGAGGACAACUAAUGUGAGUGAGGAAGUGACUGUAUGUGGACUGUGGAGACAGUAAGUCACGUGGGCCCCGAGGGCCUGGACUGGGUUAGGAACAGUUGUACUUUCAGAAGUGAGGUGUCGAGAAGGGAAAAGUGAAUGUGGUCUGGAGUGUGGCCUUGGCUCCACGGGGGUGUGCUUUCCUCUGGGGCCAUCAGGGGGCUCAGCCCCUGUGUUCUGCCAGGGUGGGGUACAGGGUUUGGCACUGAGGAAGGUAACCUGCUGGCUGGAGCGGCAGAGCAGUGGCCUUGAUUUGUCUUUUGGAAGAUUUAAAAACCAAAAAGCAUAAACAUUCUGGUCCUUCAGCAAUGCUUUCUCUGAAGAAAUACUUAACGGAAGGACUUCUCCAGUUCACCAUUCUGCUGAGUUUGAUUGGGGUGCGGGUGGACGUGGAUACUUACCUGACCUCACAGCUCCCCCCGCUCCGAGAGAUCAUCCUGGGGCCCAGUUCUGCCUAUACUCAGACCCAGUUCCACAACCUGAGGAAUACCUUGGAUGGCUAUGGUAUCCACCCCAAGAGCAUAGACCUGGACAAUUACUUCACUGCCCGGCGGCUCCUCAGUCAGGUGAGGGCCCUGGACAGGUUCCAGGUGCCAACCACUGAGGUCAAUGCCUGGCUGGUCCACCGGGACCCGGAGGGGUCUGUCUCUGGCAGCCAGCCCAGCUCAGGCCUCGCCCUCGAGAGUUCCAGUGGUCUCCAAGAUGUGACAGGCCCAGACAACGGGGUGCGAGAAAGCGAAACGGAGCAGGGAUUCAGUGAAGAUUUGGAGGAUUUGGGGGCUGUAGCCCCUCCAGUCAGUGGAGACUUAACCAAAGAGGACAUAGAUCUGAUUGACAUCCUUUGGCGACAGGAUAUUGAUCUGGGGGCUGGGCGUGAGGUUUUUGACUAUAGUCAUCGCCAGAAGGAGCAGGAUGUGGAUAAGGAGCUACGAGAUGGAGGAGAGCAGGAGGACACCUGGGCAGGCGAGGGUGCGGAGGCCCUGGCGCGAAGCCUGCUAGUGGAUGGAGAGACCGGGGAGAGCUUCCCUGCACAGGUGCCUGGUGGGGAGGACCAGACGGCCCUGUCCCUGGAAGAGUGCCUUAGGCUGCUGGAGGCCACCUGCCCCUUUGGGGAGAAUGCUGAGUUUCCAGCAGACAUUUCCAGCAUCACAGAAGCAGUGCCUAGUGAGAGCGAGCCCCCAGCUCUUCAAAACAACCUCUUGUCUCCUCUCCUGACGGGGACAGAGUCACCAUUUGAUUUGGAACAGCAGUGGCAAGAUCUCAUGUCCAUCAUGGAAAUGCAGGCUAUGGAAGUGAACACCUCAGCAAGUGAAGUCUUGUACAGUAGCCCUCCUGGAGACCCACUGAGCACCAACUACAGCCUUGCCCCCAACACUCCCAUCAAUCAGAAUGUCAGCCUGCAUCAGGCGUCCCUGGGGGGCUGCAGCCAGGACUUCUCGCUCUUCAGCCCUGAGGUGGAGAGCCUGCCUGUGGGCAGCAGUGCCACACUACUCCCGCUGGUCCCCAGCAGUUCCACCAGCCUCAACUCCACCUUUGGCUCCACCAAUCUGGCAGGGCUCUUCUUUCCACCACAGCUCAAUGGCACAGCCAAUGACACUACAGGCCCUGAGCUGCCCGACCCUCUGGGGGGUCUGUUAGAUGAAGCCAUGCUAGAUGAGAUCAGCCUCAUGGACCUGGCCAUAGAAGAAGGCUUUAACCCUGUGCAGGCCUCGCAGCUGGAGGAGGAAUUCGACUCCGACUCAGGCCUCUCCUUGGACUCCAGCCAUAGCCCUUCCUCCCUGAGCAGCUCUGAAGGCAGCUCUUCGUCGUCGUCAUCCUCCUCCUCUUCCUCUUCCUCCUCUUCCUCCGCUUCUUCCUCUGCCUCUUCCUCCUUUUCCGAGGAAGGAGCUGUUGGCUACAGCUCAGACUCUGAGACCCUGGAUUUGGAAGAGGCGGAGGGCGCCGUGGGCUACCAGCCCGAGUAUUCCAAGUUCUGCCGCAUGAGCUACCAGGAUCCGUCUCAGCUCUCCUGCCUGCCCUACUUGGAGCACGUGGGCCACAAUCACACGUACAACAUGGCACCCAGCGCCCUUGACUCUGCCGACCUGCCCCCACCAAGCGCCCUCAAGAAGGGCAGCAAGGAGAAGCAGGCUGACUUUCUAGACAAGCAGAUGAGCCGAGAUGAGCAUCGAGCCCGAGCCAUGAAGAUCCCCUUCACCAACGACAAGAUCAUCAACCUGCCAGUAGAGGAGUUCAACGAGCUGCUGUCCAAGUACCAGCUGAGCGAGGCCCAGCUGAGCCUCAUCCGGGACAUCCGGCGUCGGGGCAAGAACAAGAUGGCGGCACAGAACUGCCGCAAGCGCAAGCUGGACACCAUCCUGAACCUGGAGCGCGACGUGGAGGACCUGCAGCGUGAUAAAGCCCGGCUGCUGCGGGAGAAGGUGGAGUUCCUGCGGUCGCUGCGGCAGAUGAAGCAGAAGGUCCAGAGCCUGUACCAGGAGGUGUUCGGGCGGCUGCGCGACGAGAACGGGCGGCCGUACUCGCCCAGCCAGUACGCGCUGCAGUACGCCGGCGAUGGCAGCGUGCUCCUCAUCCCGCGCACCAUGGCCGACCAGCAGGCGCGGCGGCAGGAGAGGAAGCCCAAGGACCGCAGGAAGUGAGCCUGGGGUGGAGCUGACGCUCACUGAGAUGAAACUGGAGAAGGGCUGGGCCUGGACCUGGACCUGGACCUACAGCGGGGACUCGAUGCCUUCUUAUCCAAUAUAUCUUCUCAGAUGGGAUGACUGCGGGUCAGUGUACAGGAAGAGGCGGGCGCAGGCGCUGUCUGGCUCCGCUCCCCCCGCGGGGGAGUGGGGUGGAAGUGGCCAGACCGCUGGGUGGACAGGGUCCUCACCCCUGCCCCUUGUGUGGGAGGGAAGGGUGGUGCUGGCCUUGCUGGAGGGAGAGGGGCGACGUGGAGCGAGGGCCGCUAGAGGGGAAGGAAGGGGACUUGUGAGAGGAAAGUAGUAGAAAGGCACAUUCCUGGAAAGGAAGGAAAGAAACCCAAAAAAAUCAAAGCAGGACGAAAACCGAAGGGCAGGUCAGACUGGCUGUGGCCAGGAUCCAGCAGCAGGUUGGAGCAACUGGUGGGCCUAGGCUACUGGUGCCGUAAACCUUAUUCACCCAGGGGGAGGGAGCACACAGACACAGGGUGGGGCUGCGGGGGCUUUGCCCACUCUUUCUGCUCCUGACCUUGGUGUCCUGGAAGGGGCGUUCUUGGAUACCACUUGUAAUGUUCCAGUGCAAUGAGGGCAACCCAACAGGGGCUUGGAGGUUUAGGGUCAAAGGGCAGAGGGAAAGGGACAUGAGGCCCUCUACGUUGUAGCAGCCCCCAACAC